GAUACCGCUAAACAUGUCUCCAUCAGCACGGCCAUUUCAGAAGCGCCGUCCGCCGCCAGGAGAUGCUCGCUCUUCCGCACAGAGGUCCUGUUCAGACCACCGUCAACAUCUCCAACUUCUUCUUCUCCUUCACCACCUCCUCUUCCCUCCCCCACCAGAUCCUAACCGCCGCCGCACCGCCGCCGCCGGCACCACCGCCGGCGCCACCGCCGCCACCUCCUCCUCCUCCUCCACUCGACGCCUCCAUCGCCGCCUCAAUCCUCGCCUCCACCCCUCAAACCCUGCCCCGAAUCCUCCAAAGCCCGCGCAUCCGAUGGACGCCGGACCUUGUCGACAAGACCCUGAAGCGCCUCUGGAACCACGCCCCAAAGGCCCUGGCUUUCUUCGCCCAGCUCUCCCGCCACCCCACCUACGCCCACUCCGCCUCCUCCUUCGACCACGCCAUCGACCUCGCCGCGCGCGCCCGCGACUACCGUGCCGCGUGGGCCUUCGUCGCCCGGAUGCGGUCCCUCCGCCUCGGCCCCUCCCCGAAGACGCUCGCGAUCAUCGCCGAGAGGUACGUGGCCGCCGGCAAACCGGAUAGAGCUGUUAAGGUGUUCUUGUCGAUGCACGAGCACGGCUGCCGGCAGGACUUGAGUUCCUUUAAUACCGUUCUUGAUAUACUGUGCAAGUCUAGGCAUGUGGAGAUGGCUAGCAACAAGCUGUUCAAGGUUUUCCGGGGCAGGUUUAAGGCUGAUUGUGUUAGUUAUAACAUAAUUGCAAAUGGGUGGUGUUUGAUCAAACGGACGCCUAUGGCUUUGGAGGUGUUGAAGGAGAUGGUGGAUAGGGGGUUGAACCCGAGUUCGACGACUUAUAAUAUAAUGCUUAAGGGGUUCUUUAGGGCUGGCCAGGUCGAUGAAGCUUGGCAAUUCUUUCUGCAGAUGAAGAAGAGGAAGUGUGAUAUCAAUGUCGUCACGUAUACCACGGUGAUCCAUGGUUUCGGCAUCGUUGGUGAGAUUAAGAAAGCUAAGAGGGUGUUUGAUGAGAUGGCUACAGAGGGAAUUCUUCCUUCUGUUGCGACUUAUAAUGCCAUGAUUCAGGUUCUCUGUAAGAAAGAUAAUGUGGAAAAUGCAAUUUUGGUUUUCGAAGAAAUGUUGAGGAAGGGUUACGUACCCAACUCGAUCACUUACAAUUUGGUGAUUAGGGGAUUGUGUCAUGCAGGGCAUAUGGACAGGGCUGUGGAAUAUAUGUCGAGAAUGGAGGCCGAUGGUUGCGAAGCUAAUGUACAGACAUACAAUAUCAUAAUUCGUUACUUUUGUGAUGCUGGAGAAAUAGAGAAUGGCAUGCACCUGUUUGAGAAAAUGGGAAGCGGAGUUUGCUUGCCAAAUUUGGACACGUACAACAUACUUAUCAGUUCCAUGUUUGUCAGGAAGAAAUCGGAUGAUUUGGUGCUGGCAGGGAAAUUGUUGAUUGAGAUGGUUGACAGAGGAUUUAUGCCAAGAAAAUUUACUUUCAACAGGGUCUUGGAUGGGCUUUUACUUACUGGAAACCAAGGUUUUGCAAAGGAGAUACUUAGAGUGCAAAGCAAGUCUGGUCGUCUUCCUCGUCGUUUCAAGUUGUAGUUGGAGGUCUUUCUCUGUUGAUCUAUACUGGACCUGCCGACGAGAUUCAUCCCUUUUUCUCAGCUUGAGUUUCAGCUUUUCAGAUUUUGCACAAUAUAUCAGCUAGCAACAAACUUCCGGGGGGAUAGGGUUUGCCAUUGUAAGCACCUACAGAUGUAACAGGUACUCUUUCAACUUUUUUUUUUUAUUUUGAGGUUGUCUUGGUGACCCAGUAGUCAGAAUGAGAUAGAUGAUAGAUGCUGUCCUGAUUAUACUUCUCCAGUUGGAAUUUGGAUGAUUUUAUGAAAAUAUCGACGAGGAGCUUGGCAGAAAGAAAUCUUGGGACUAGAGUACUGCUGGAUAUUGAAACUUUGAUCCUGUCUAAUUGUUGCUUGAUAUUGAGCAGUAGACAAGGAAGAGAGGCUGCUGGAAUCUGCAGCACUUCUGAUGUCUUUAGAGCCAUUUUUUUUUUUUUGCAGUAAUAUAAGUGAGUUAGGCACAUGCUUUUGGUGACAUUGUCAUUUAUUCAUUCACAUGGAGGUCGGUUUGAUAUCCCUUGAUAAGGCUGCAAGGCUUUUAAGGGUGAUUGACCGCUUGAACUGUUUAUCAAGGAGAACCCAGAAAUCCCUAUUUUGAGUUCUCUUUGAAUGAAUCUGCUGCAGCUUAAAAUAGUUUAUGUUCCCCUCCUCCAUGAAUGUCAUUGGGAAGGUGUUGCUUUCAUCGAUGGAAGUGAUGUUCAUUUAGUUUUACGUCGGUGAUUUUUCUUCUAAGCCAGUUUAUCUUGUUUAUCAGGGUUCACCAUGCUAUAGAAGUCCAGCUUCAGGUGUUUGCUGAUGUGUGGUAAAUUUAGGAGCAAAUCUUUCACUGCUUCUUUAAGAUUAACAGGCUGAAAUUUGGGAAGGAAGCAAGUGAUUGGCUCAAGAGGUGUUCUGUGGCUACUCGCCUGACCUUGAAAAGAGGACUGAAAGCAAUUGAAGCUGGAAUGAGAAGGAUGAGAUUCGGGUAUGCACUUGGAUGAUGCAAAUAUAGGGCAAUCAUCAGCUUCGCUCCAGCUUUUGUUUUUCUUCUUAUCGUCACUGAACGUGUUGUUGCUUCUGAGGCUUGAGAAAUGGCAAAAACACAAAUUAAGUACCGGGAUCAUUUUCUCUUAGAU